AUGAAGAAGAACACGGGCUCCCACAACCAAGUGGCUGGACUCCAAGCCACGCCCAAGCCGAAGGCCGCGAAGAUCGUGAGACGCUGGAACGAGUACUGGAAGGACGGCCAGCCCGAGAACUGGCAGCAGCUGAUGCGAGACCUCGGCUUCGACAACUUCGAGUUCAAGAGCAAGACGCAGUGUCGCAAGGUAACGUGCCAGGAGGCCCUCGCCGGCAAGCUCCGGAAAGUCUGGGUCAACAUCCAUGAUUUCCUCGACGCGGUCAAGCAGGGAACGCGCGUGCAUCGAUUCAAGAGCCAGCACGAGCUGUCGCAGUAUACGCUGCGCUCGCGCAAGAUCUAUCCUCGGAACCAGGUGGAGGACGGCAGUCCGCUCCGCCAGUUGCUCGCGCACAUAUUCAACCCCAAGCUGCAAGAGAGCAAGGUUGGCGCAAAAGAGGUCAGGGAGAUGGCAGAUAUGUUCGCAGGGAUCACAUUGACAGAGUAA